CCAUAUCAGACGGAACUUUUUGACUGAGCUGCGAUCUACGGCAUCCAAGACGGGAACCCGCAUUUCUUCACAUCCCACCUCCGGUCAGCCUCGGUCCGGGUUACACUUUUAAACGCACGAAUACAUGCCGCGCAAUUCUUAAACGAGACUUUGUCCUAGGAUCAUCCCCAAGUUCUGUCAUACAAAGGUGUUCGAGUUACCGCCUGCAUUUGAGCAGCACGGUACCCUACCUAUGCCGCUCUGUUCUGCAUAUCACCAGCAGACGCUUUCUACACCGACGCCUACCGUUUAGCUUGCUGACUAUAACGCAUUGCUAAGUCAUUAACUUACCGCGCCUUUUGUAUUUCGCCAAUAUGUCUUUCAGAGAUUCUUUCAUGACCCAUAGUGGUACUCUAGAAGCGCUUCAGAGCCAUCAUGCGCCAGCACGAAGAACUCGUCCCCCGGAUAUUGACACAAUGGCAGCUGAGGAGAAUCGCGGGCCUUUGAAAGCUGAAAAGGCAAGCAGAAGAGAGUCGAGGUUAGGACUGCGAAGUUUAUUCAGUCGAUCAAAGACGCACUUGGCCAGUCCUGAAACGCCAUCAUCCUUUGGAAGCCGUACAUCACUCCCUGAAACGAACCCUUAUUUUCCAGCCCAGCCUGAUGCAGUGUUCGACGAUUUGCCCUCGUCCCCUCGCAGCCCGCGCCCUUUAGCUACCAUGUUUGAAAGCCAGCAAAGCCCACCAGCUCAACCACGACCUGUUGGCCUUAUUAGAGCCCAGGGGCCUGGCAAACCUGGGCGUGGGCCACUUUCGAUAUGGCAUCCUCCACCUUUAUUUAAAGCAUUUCCACAGGCUGCCAAACACAUGACAUUGCCAGCUACAUCACUGGCACCUGAAGCUAUUCUACGCAUGCACGAGCGGCGAGCUAGCACACUGCGUGACGAAAAUACCGAAGCACCAGAUGCUGAAGGUGAGAAGGCCAAGGUUAAGAAGAAGCAUCGUCGCAAUACCUCCGGACAUUUCCCAAAGUUUGAAUGGACCAACAAGAUUUACGUUCUUGUAACAUCCGGAUAUUUGCUGCAAUAUGCAGCAGAAGGACCCUUCGACCGGUUGCCUGAAAGAAUAUUGCACCUCGGCAAAGAUUCUGCAGCAUUUGCAAGCGAUGUGAUCCCCGGCCGCCAUUGGGUAAUUCAGGUCUCUGCAGCUGCAGAGUCUGAUGGAACAACAGCAUCAGACUCUCGUUCUUUAUUCUCGCGAUGGAAUUUCCGGGCUACUGAACGACGCCAUGUCUCCAACUUCCUCAUGGUAUUUGAAACUGCCGAGGAUAUGGAAGGCUGGAUCUCAACAUUGCGCCGUGAAAUCGAGGCACUGGGGGGUAAGAAGACACUUACCGAGACAGGCAAACCAAAGGCCGAGGACGAAGUUGCACCACUACGAGAGAAACCUAGCCAAAGGACUUUGGUAGUCCGAGACCCUAAUCGGUUAUCACGCAUAGCAAGCUCAAGCUCUCAGAGCCCUCAAAGCCCCGACAGCUUUCUGCCUCCCCAGAAUCUACAAUGGCAAAGUCAGACACAGAUCAACCGCUCGGUCACAAGUGUUGUUGACCCUGAGCCUACGGUCGAUCAACCCCUUGAUGAUAUUUCGACGACAAAUAGCUUCGUAUCGCAUGAUGGCAGGCAACUUGAAAGCUUGCGAGAAAAUUCGAACCGCCUUUCGUUCAUAUCAUCCGGCCAACGGACAGUCGUAACGUCUGCAGGAUCCUCACCGGCGUCUUCACCAACCGUCGAUACUUUCUCUGCACCUGUUGAGCAUAAGUCGUCGCUAGAGGAGGCAAAGGUUUCACCGGAGCCGAAGCCUAGGCCUAACGCUGCAGCUAUUCUGGACCGAAGACAAUCUAUGCAGGUUCUCACCCCCUUUGUCGAACUGCAAGGCGGACCCAUCAACCUACGACCGCAAUCUAGCUAUGGAUCUGGUGCAGCUGAUUUGAAGGCACCAACACCUAACUUCAGUGUACCCAAUUCGUCGAACCGAAGAUAUUCAUACGCAAAGACUAUGGCCCAGGAAUUUGGCAUGGCUCCUCCGUCAGGUACACUGGAGGUGCGAUCUUUGGGUCGCCGAGCACCACCAACGACUUUACCAAUCGCGCGGCCUUUAUCCAUGGUAGCUGACCAACCGUCGCCAAUGGAGGACAUCCAUGAACGGCCAGUGACACGGCACGGAGACGAAACUCAGCCAACCAUUCCGGCAGAAGAUGAUCUGCCGUCUCUGCCAAAUAUUCCCACUUCAUAUGAAGUGACAUCACGACGUUCGAGCCUUGUGCCAAUAGAAGAGCCAGCCAUCGAGAUCAGCCGCCCAGGCAGCUCGCGCAGACAAUCAGACCUGAGGCAAUGGCGCAAGUCGGAAAAUCCCAGUACCUUGGGACGUAAUGUUCCCAGCUCAACUCGGCCCAGCCUGGAACAAAGAACACGUUCGCGAUCUUUUCUUGGUGGAGCCGAUGAGGCAGCCCGUCGCCGUGCCUCCCUGGAUACGUAUAGUGAUGCACGAGGUGACAGCAUGUCAGCCAAGGCUCGGUCACAAAGACGGGCGAGUAUUCAGUCAGUGAUGUCUGACCGGGCAUCUCAGUAUAGCGCUUCAGGCGAGCUUCCACCCCCGAUGGCGCCAGAGUCGCUGCCUCUACCUGCGCCUCCACCCACAGUACCUCUGCCUCCAAUUCCCGCAUCAGCGAACAACCCUCUUUUGAGGCUUGAUAUGAACGGGAAGAGCCUUUUCAACCGAAGGAGCAUGCCUCACCUGGGCGAAGGGCCUCCACCAGUGCCACCACCAACCUGUGCGCUACCUCCUCUUCCACCCAAACUACAAGUCAAGGCUUAAACGUCUUGAUUCAUGCUAUAUACCCUUUCCUUGUUUAUACUGUUACGAACUUUGACGGAGCGUUUGAUGCGGAUUCCUUGAUUACCCGAAACGACACUGGGCGUUUCGGAACACUGUUAGUUUAUUCUCUU